CGCUGCGCCUCCACAGCCUCUCCAAAGCCUGAGACGCGCCACCGCCGCCGUCAAUGCGGGCAUGACAUACUGGCAGCAGUAGUGGGCUUCCGAUAUCCUGCUUUUAAGCAGAUUACAACAGGAAGGGGAGAGAAAUAAGAGCAGAAGAGAGUGAAGUGAGUCAUUUUCUAGCCGUGCCGUGCGUCGAGAAGAGUAGAUGAGUCAAUGGCAGGGGCACAGCCUGGAGUUCAUGCGCUGCAGCUCAAGCCAGUGUCCGUCCCCGAGAGCCUGAGAAAGGGCAACAAAUUUAUGAAAUGGGAUGAUGACUCUACCACUGUGACCCCAGUGACUCUUACAGUUGACCCUAAAGGGUACUUCCUUUAUUGGACGGACCAGAACAAGGAGACAGAUCUACUGGAUAUAGCAUACAUAAAAGAUGCUCGAAAUGGAAAGUGCACCAAAACGCCAAAGGAAGCAAAGCUGCGUGAGCUCCUGGAUGUUAGCACCCUGGCGGGGAAGAUGGAGAACAGGAUGCUGACGGUGGUGAGCGGCACUGACAUGGUCAACAUCACAUAUCUGAACUUCAUGGCCUUCACAGAGGAGACAGCUAAGGAAUGGGCAGAGGAGCUGUUCAACCUUGCUUCCAACCUCUUGGUGCAGAACAUGUCAAGAGAAGCCUGCCUCGAGAAAGCAUACACUCGGCUGAAGCUGCAGCUCAACCCUGAGGGGCGAAUCCCUGUCAAGAAUAUCUUCAGGAUGUUCUCAUCAGACAGGAAGCGAGUGGAAACGGCCCUGGAAAACUGUAACCUCCCUUCUGGCAGAAAUGACUCCAUCCCCCAGGAAGAUUUCACUCCAGAGGUGUACAACAUGUUCCUCAGCAACAUCUGCCCACGAUCUGAGCUGGACCACAUCUUCUCUGACGUGGGGGCUAAGAGUCGUCCGUACCUCACUGUGGAGCAGAUGACAGAGUUUAUCAAUAGUAAACAGCGAGACCCUCGUCUGAAUGAGAUACUCUACCCUCCGCUUAAACCAGAACAGGUCCAGCUGCUGGUGGACAAAUACGAACCCAAUGAAUCACUGGCACAGAAAGGUCAGAUCUCAGUGGAAGGCUUUGCGAGGUAUCUGAGCGGGGAGGAGAACAGCAUCAUCCCACCUGAGAAGCUGGACCAGAGCGAGGACAUGACCUUUCCUCUCUCCCACUAUUUCAUCAACUCGUCACACAACACAUACCUCACAGCCGGCCAGCUGGCAGGAAACUCUUCGGUAGAGAUGUACAAGCAGGUUCUCCUGGCGGGCUGCCGCUGCAUUGAACUGGACUGCUGGAAGGGUCGCACCACAGAAGAGGAGCCUGUCAUCACUCACGGCUUCACCAUGACAACUGAAAUCUCUUUCAAGGAGGUGAUCGAGGCGAUAGCAGAGUGUGCCUUUAAGACCUCGCCAUUCCCUGUCAUCCUGUCCUUCGAGAACCAUGUGGACUCACCAAAACAGCAGGCUAAGAUGGCAGAGUACUGCCGGUCAAUAUUUGGAGACGCAUUACUGACAGAACCUCUGGAGAAAUAUCCUCUGGAGUCAGGUGUUCCUCUGCCCAGCCCGAUGGAGCUGAUGGGGAAGAUUUUAGUUAAAAACAAGAAGAAACACCACAAAAAAGACGGAAGCACCAAGAAGAAACUGUCAGAACAGGUUUCCAACACCUACAGCGACUCUUCCAGCGUGUGUGAGCCCUCCUCCCCAAGCGCAGGUUCAACCAAAGAGGAGAUGGCAGACUCCUCGCAGCCAUCUGAAGGCGCCGAGCUCAGCCUGAGGCCGCAGGGCAGAAAGUCUAUCGGUGAAGUGGAAGCAGAAAGUGAGGAUGAAGAUGAUGAUGAUGAUGACUGUAAAAAAGGCUCCAUGGAUGAGGGUACAGCAGGCAGUGAAGCAUUUGCCACAGAGGAAAUGUCCAACUUGGUCAUCUACAUCCAGCCAGUCAAGUUCAACAGCUUUGAGGGUUCCAAAAAGAUCAAUCGCAGCUACCAAAUGUCAUCCUUCGUGGAGACCAAGGCUUUGGAGCAGCUGACCAAAUCGCCUGUUGAGUUUGUGGAAUACAACAAGCUGCAGCUGAGCAGGAUCUACCCUAAGGGAACUAGAGUGGAUUCAUCCAACUAUAACCCACAGCUCUUCUGGAACGCUGGCUGUCAGCUUGUGGCGCUCAACUUUCAAACCAUCGAUUUGUCAAUGCAGUUGAACCUGGGCAUGUAUGAGUACAACGGGAAAUGUGGCUUCAGACUCAAACCAGAGUUUAUGAGACGGCCAGACAAACACUUUGAUCCUUUCACAGAGAGCACAGUGGACGGGAUUGUUGCCAAUACACUGUCUGUGAAGAUCAUCUCAGGCCAGUUCCUGUCAGAUAAGAAAGUCGGCACAUAUGUGGAGAUCGAUAUGUUUGGCUUACCUGUAGACACAAAGAGGAAAGCAUUCAAGACUAAGACAUCUCAAGGCAACGCCAUCAACCCAGUCUGGGAGGAAGAGGCCAUUGUCUUCAAGAAGGUUGUCUUGCCCACCCUUGCCUCAUUAAGGAUAGCUGUGUUUGAAGAAGGAGGGAAGUUUAUCGGCCACCGCAUCAUUCCUGUGUCAGCCAUCCGUCCAGGCUAUCACUACAUCAGUCUACGGAAUGAGAAGAACCAGUCCUUGACGUUGCCUGCUCUAUUUGUGUAUGUAGAAGUAAAAGACUAUGUGCCAGACACGUUUGCAGACGUCAUCGAAGCCUUGUCCAAUCCAAUCCGCUAUGUCAACUUGAUGGAGCAAAGAGCCAAUCAGCUGGCUGCUCUUACUUUGGAGGAGGGAGGAGAAGAGGAAGGUGACAAAGAGGUGGAAGCAGGAAGUGAUGCUCCCUCAGAAUCGAAGGUGGACCAGAGGGUAGCACUGCCCGCAGAGAACGGACUGAGCCACACGCCCAUCAUCGCCCCUAAACCCCCUUCACUGGGAGGCCACCAGCCCCAGUCUGCAGGCUCGUUGAAACCACAAGUGAAGACUGAAGAUAUAAUUCAGAGCGUCCUUACUGAAUUAGAGGCCCAGACAGUGGAGGAGCUGAAGCAGCAGAAGGGCUUUGUUAGAGAGCAGAGGAAACAGUACAAAGAGAUGAAGGAGCUCGUUCGGAAACACCACCGUAAAACUAGUGAGCUGAUCAAGGAGCACACGGCUCGGGUAUCUGAGCUGCAGAGUCAGCAUCAGCGACGGCGUUCUGCCCUGCAGAAGAGCCAUAAAAGAGACGGUAAGAAAAGUCGGUCUGAGCACUCUCUAUCGACCCUGGACCAAGAAUUGUGUGAUCUGGAGCAGGAGUGUAGUCAGAGGCUUGCAGAGCUUAAGGAGCAGCAGCAGCAACAGCUCCUCACACUUCGCCAGGAGCAGUACUACAGUGAAAAGUACCAGAAGCGAGAACACAUCAAGCAGCUGGUUGAGAAGCUCACCACCAUAGCUGAGGAGUGCCAGAGUGCUCAGAUGAAAAAGCUCAGAGACAUCUGUGAGAAGGAAAAGAAGGAUCUUAAGAAGAAAAUGGACAAGAAAAGGCAAGAGAAGAUCAAUGAGGCUAAAUCUAAAGACAAGAAUGUGACUGAAGAAGAGAAGCUUGAGAUCAACAGAUCAUUUGUCAAUGAGGUUGUGCAGUACAUCAAACGGCUGGAAGACGCUCAGAGUAAAAGGCAGGAGAGAUUACAGGAGAAGCACAAGGACAUCCGUCAGCAGAUCCUGGAUGAAAGGCCAAAGCUUCAGGGCGAUCUGGACCAGGAGUACCAGGACAAAUUUAGACGACUACCUGUGGAGAUCCAAGAGUUUGUUCAGGAUAGUAGCAAGGCCAAACUCACUGACGACGGCAACCACGGAAACCUUGUUUCCUCCUCAACAUCGGAGAAGCUCAACCACAAGGCAUCUCAGUCAGAGGAUGACAUGGAGGAGGGCUCCUCGGAACGAGUUUACGACACACCUCUUUAGAGAUUUUACCUCUGCAUUUUUCUUCACACUGGGACUCUGAUUGGUGGAUUUGUUUGCAGACACAAACUUGGAUUAAACUGCAUCGACUUUGGUCCUGCUUUUAACCGAUGGGAGAUGAAAUCUGAGCCUGGACUGGUGAGUAGAGGUCCUCUCUGCGUGGAGUGCCGUCCUGUCUGGAAAACCGUCUGAUGUAAAAAGUGACUUUUGUGUAUUUAUAUGUCACCUUUAUGUUGUCGUCUCUUUUGGUACGGCCACAGGAUGUGUCAUGAAGCACUGUUUGUAGGAAAUAACUUACUUGAACUAUUGUACAGAAGGAUUCACUUUUUAUUUUAUUUUUAUUUUGAAUCAUGAUGUUGUCUGUUGUGGUGUCAAGUGAGGGAUGGUGCCAAGGUUUGAAUUCACUGAUAUGAAGGUGGAGUCAGUUCUACUGUAAUGAAACCACUGCAUAUUCAGCAUUUGAGGCUUCCAUCUUUAUAAGAUUUAGACUCACCCUUAAAAUACAUAUUUGCACUGACGGCGCUCGACGUAACUAUGUAACUCUUUUACUUUAACCCAGAGGCACUGGUGGCUUGCUGGUUCUCCUUUUUGUUCUCACAGAACUAAGCUAUGUGUUGCUGCUAUUUAAUUUUAAAACUCAUAAUUUUUUAACCAUUACUUAAUUUGUAUGAAACUCACAGUGCUCGAUUAUUCAUCUUUUUACUAGUUUCCAUUUUUGGGGGCAUUUCUGUCUGCAGAAGAGGUGAAAGGAAAGCAUAUUGUACAGUACGUGCAUGUAUUUGAACAACUGUAAAUGUUAAGUAGCUCUGUAGCAGAGAAGUUUAUUAAAUGUAAAUCUAUUUUUUUCUCUGAAACGUUUAAACAAAACCUGCUAAACAAUUAGGACCCGAGACAUCACUGUGGCAUCAGAUGGCGAUUUUUCAGUCUAAUGGAAGCUGCCUGAGCUGACAGGUUUUAUUUUUAUCUUUGUUCCCUUGUAAUUAAACAGAUAAAAGCAGGAUACAAACAGAAAAAGAGGCUCCUGCUGCAGUUUUAGAGAUGCAGCCUUUCCUCUGCACUGGUUCAUUGUGUUCUUACAGGGAAGAGUUUGAGCAGCUCCACAGUACACAGAGCAGCUGUCUUGGACUAGAGGAAAUAUGUCGGCCAACUGGCUUUAUUCUCACCCAAAAUAUGAAGCUGUUGGAAUCAGAAAACUAGUUCAGUUCUGUUAAACAGUCCCCAAACGCUUUGUUUAUAUCUGACAAACACCAGCGUUAACAUUGUGGCAGAAACAACAGGACUAUUUCCUCUUUAACUAAGAAACUGUGCCCAUUCAUGUACCGCUAGGAAGUGUUUUUGACUUCCUAACUGUCCAGUGCCAUUUCACUCACGGGUCAUUUGAUAUGAAAUCAUAUUUCAGCUGUAAAAAGUUGAAAGUGUAGGAUUACCUAACAUGUAAGUACAAACUACUUUUUAAAACGAUGAUAUUGAUGUGACAGUCCUGUGCCUUUUGAAUAGGUUUGCCUUGUUUGAUGUUGAAUGUGUGAACUGCAUCAUUGUUUAUAUUGCCAUUAUAUUCUACUAUAUGAAGCCGUCUGAUAUUGACUAGACCGUGUGCACUUUUUAAAGUACAGUACCACUACUGAGUAAUGCUUGUGAUGAGCAGUAUUUGACAUGUUUGUGUCUCAUGAGAAAUGCGAGACAUCCUUCUUUUAAGUCUUGAACCCCUUUAUUUAAAAACCCCUCCUUGACAAAUUACAUGUAUGCACUCUGCAAAUGUAAAUGUAUGUAUGACAUAAAGUAUAAAACAUGGAGUUGAUUUAAAAAGAUAUAGUGUAAAAGGACUUUGCCUGUAAUUAA